CGCGACGGGUGCUGCAUCUGCCGUAUCUGAGAAUGACGAAUACUCCGUUCUCUGCACAACUGCUUGGGGUAUAGCAGCUUCGCUACCACAAAACCAUCCUGCUGCUGGCUUCUGCUCCUCUUGACUUUUCUCGUCAUCGUCUGGCAAUGGACGCCCAGAUCGAAAAUGCGAUCGAGAUCGCCUGGAACCCCGCUUCGGACCAGGCUCUCAAGAGCCAGGCCUUCGAAUUUCUCAACCAGCUGCGCACCGAUCCCCAGGCCUGGCAGGUCUGCACCGCCCUCUUUACCCGAAAAGCUCGAGCAUCCGAGGUUGUGCGCCUAGUCUGCCUCGAGAUCAUCAACAAUGCUGUCCACUCGCAAGCGGUCGACGUCGCAAGCCUCGGCUUCCUCAAGCAGUCGCUGCUUGACUACGUCCGGCGCAUCUACAGCGGCGAGGCGCAAGAACCUGUCGAUCCACCUCACCUGCAGAACAAGCUCACGCAAACCCUGACGUACCUUUUCGUCUUCCUGUACAAAGAGGGUUGGGAGAGCUUUAUCGACGACUUUCUGGCCCUCGCCCAAAAGGACAACAACAUCCCCGGGGUGGUCAUGUACCUGCGCAUCCUGGGAUCCAUCCACGAUGAGAUUGCCGACGUCAUGCUGAGCCGGCCGGACAACGAGGCCAAGCGCAACAAUGACCUCAAGGACUUGGUGCGCGAGCGGGACAUGCGGAAGAUCGCGCAGUCCUGGAAGGACUUGCUGGCUCGGUAUAGCAACCAGGUCGACGCUGUGGUCGAGUCGACGCUCAAGAUCAUUGGCAAGUGGGUGAGCUGGAUCGACAUCCACUUGGUCAUCAACGGGGACAUGCUCAAUCUCCUGCUGCCCCUGGUCGGGAGGACAAACGCGGCCGGCGGCGAGGACAAGGUCAGGGACGCCGCGGUGGGCACCUUCACCGAGAUUGUGGCCAAGAAAAUGAAGGCCAGCGACAAGAUAGACAUGAUCUCGUUCCUCAACCUCCGUGAGAUUGUCACGCAGCUGCUGGCCAGCCCGCCAUUACACGAGUGGAAGGGGACGCCCCGAUACGACACGGACCUCGCCGAAGGAGUGGCCAAGCUGGUCAAUACCACCGUGGCCGACAUAAUACGUGUCCUGGAGGACAGCAAGGUCGACAACGACACCAGGGCAAAGGCCGAGCAGCUCCUCCGCGACUUCCUACCCUCCCAGCUUCGACUCUUCUCGGACGAGUUCGACGAGGUCUGCUCGACCGUCAUCCCCUCGCUCACCGACCUCCUGACCUUCCUCCGCAAGGUCGGCCCGCUGCCCUCCACAUACACGGAGAUGCUGCUCCCGAUCUUGAACGCCAUCGUCCUCAAGAUGAGGUACGACGAGACGUCCAACUGGGGCAAUGAAGACGAGCAGACGGACGAGGCCGAGUUUCAGGACCUGCGCAAGAAGCUCCAGAUCCUCCAGAAGAGCGUGGCUUCUGUAGAUGAGAAUCUCUGCGUAGAGUUUCUGAGCAACCUGGUGGCGAACAUGUUCUCCACGCUCGAGCAGCAGGGAUCGCAGAUGGACUGGAGAGACCUGGAUCUUGCGCUGCACGAGAUCUAUCUCUUUGGCGAGCUGGCACUGCCCAACAUGGGCCUGGCUCAAAAGAGUCAGCCAAACACCAUCGCUGCGGAACGGCUUGCCGUGAUGAUGAGCAAGAUGGUCGAGUCGGGCAUUGCCAGCUACCCACACCCUGCAAUUGUCCUCCAGUACAUGGAGAUCUGCACUCGGUAUUACAGCUUUUUCGAGGACCAGCAGCGUUACAUCCCACAGGUGCUCGAGAAUUUUGUCCGACUUGUGCACCACGACCACGUGCGGGUACGAAGCAGGUCUUGGUACCUGUUCCUCCGAUUCGUGAAGACGCUCAGAGCGCAGGUCGGGAACGUGGCCAAGACGGUCAUCGAGUCCAUCAGCGAUCUGCUCCCGAUCAAAGCCGAAGUGCCGGGCAACGACGCCGAUGACGACAUGUCUUCGGACGAGUCGGACCACUCGGCCGAUGCGCUCUUCAACAGCCAGCUCUUCCUCUACGAGGCCAUCGGCUGCAUCUCGUCAACCUCGGCCACCCCCCCAGCAGACCAGGCGCUGUACGCGCGUUCCGCCAUGGAACCGCUCUUCGCCGACAUGAGCGUCCACAUGGAGCGAGCCAAGGCCGGAGAUGCCCAGGCCGUCCUCCAGAUACACCACAUCAUAAUGGCGCUGGGGACCCUGGCAAACGGCUUUGCCGAGACAACAGUUGGGCAGCAGACCAAGCGACCACAGCCACACGAAGCCGUCGCGAACGAGUUCUCAAGGGCAUCUGAGGCCAUCCUCGUCGCCCUAAAUCAGCUCAACGCCAGCGACGAUAUCCGCACCGCGUGCCGGUCGGCCUUCUCCCGGCUGCUUAGUGUGUUGGGCGCUGCCGUGCUGCCGCAGCUGCCACAGUGGAUCGAGGGGCUGCUGUCUCGCAGCUCCAGCAAGGACGAGAUGGCGAUGUUCCUCCGGUUGCUCGAGCAGGUCGUUUACAACUUCAAGGGUGAGAUCUACAACAUCCUCGACCUGCUCCUGACCCCUCUCCUGGAGCGGGUAUUCAGCGGUCUCUCGGAACCCAUCAGUGGGACGGACGACGAGAUCCAGCUGCAGGAGCUUCGGCGCGAGUACGUCUCGUUCGUGCAGGUGAUCCUGAUCAACGACCUCGGCGGCGUGCUCGUCAGCGCGUCCAACCAGGGCGUCUUCGAGUCGCUGGUCUCGUCCAUCAUCAACAUCGCCAAGACCCUGUCGCAUGGCAACCUCGUGCCGAGCCGCAUCGCUUUCAACGUCCUCGGCCGCAUGGCCACGCAGUGGGGAGGCCCGGAUGUCGCCACCAUCGGCGACAACCCGGUCACGGCGGCCGCGCCAGCCCCGGCCAUCCCGGGCUUCGACCGGUUCAUGAUCGACCAGUUCCACGGGCUGUGCUGGACGGUCCUGCAGGACCCCGGGUUCCGACCCAACACCGACGCGCAGUCGCGCCAGAUCCUCAACGAGAUCGCGAGGAUCCAGCAGGUCAUCUACUCCAAGACGGGCGACCAGUUUGUGCGCCACCUGCAAGGCGUUACGUUCCCGCAGCUGGGCAUCGACGGGACCGAGUACCUACGGCUGCUCACUACCUCGACGGAGAGGAAGCCCGUGGUCACGUGGCUGCUGGGGUUGCUCAAGGGGCGCAGGUAGGCUGUGCGGACCUGCUGGGCAGCUGGGUUCGGCGAGUGUGCGGGUGGCGGAGGGGAUGGGCAGCUACUCACAGCUUCGCUCUCAUGCUGGCCUGCUUGCGCUUACAUCUACCCUUACUUACAUAGUUUUGGGGUUGGCUAGUCAAUAUACUCUGGGU